AUUGACGACUUUACCCACAACCACCUCGGCCUUUCCCCGAGUCGCACUCAGACUGUCAAGAUAUACUGUGGUUUCACCAGUAACAGCCAUGGCACCCACAAAGAAGUCGAAAAAGGCUAUUGAGAGCAUAAACUCUCGAUUGGCUCUGGUGAUGAAAUCGGGCAAAUACGUGCUUGGUUACCGUCAGACUCUCAAGUGUCUUCGUGCUGGAAAGGCGAAGCUAGUCAUCAUUGCCAACAAUACUCCUUCUCUCAGAAAGUCUGAGAUUGAGUACUAUGCGAUGUUGGCCAAAACUGGUGUCCAUCAUUACUCUGGAAACAAUAUUGAACUGGGAACUGCAUGUGGUAAAUACUUCAGAGUAUGUACCCUUGCUAUUACUGACCCUGGUGACUCUGACAUCAUCCGUACCAUGCCAACAGAAUAGAAAAGGGAGUUGACUGGAUCUCCCAUUUUAUAAAAAUAAAUAAAAUGAUGAUCUGUU